AUGAGAGAUGACAAUUCAAGCAAGAACAAGCUGUCAUGGUCCAAGACCCUUGUUAGGAAGUGGUUCAACAUCAAAACAAAGGCGAAGGACUUCCAUUCGGAUUAUGCAGCUGACGAAGUGGGAGUGCAGUGGAGGACCAGCUUCUCAGAUAGAGAUGCAUGCAAAUCCAAGAAAAGUAGGACAGAGAGGUUGCCGAAGAGGAAUGUGGAGCGAGAUGGUAGAGUAGGAAACGGAUUUGAUGGUGCUUAUAUUACAAACACACAGGACUACAGGGUCUUCGUUGGUACAUGGAAUGUGGGCGGAAGGUCACCAUCUAGUCAUUUGAAUCUGGAAGACUGGCUUCAUACUUCUCCUGCUGCUGAUAUAUAUGUGAUAGGGUUUCAGGAAAUUGUUCCCUUGAAUGCUGGUAAUGUUCUAUUGACUGAAGACAAUGGUCCGGCGAAGAAAUGGGUUUCUCUUGUUAGAAAAACUCUCAAUAAUCUUGAUCAACAAGGCUCUGGUGUCUAUAAUUACCACACCCCCUCACCAGCUCCAGAUCCAAUUGUGGAGCUCAAUGUUGACUUUGAGCGAUCAUCAAGAAAGCAAAGGAACUCGUCAUUUUCCCAUCGACGUUCAUUCCAAUCCUUCAAUCGUAGUUCAAGGAUUGACAUGAUGGAUCCACACUCGUUAGUGGACCGUCGAUUCAGUGUUUGUGACCGGAUUAGCUUCGGGAGCAGGCCAAGUGAUGUUGACACCAGUAUGAGGUGUGGUGGGUCAUCUGAUGAUGAGAAUAUUGACGAGGAAUCACCUAGUGGUAUAUUCUUCCCACCAAUGCCAUGUGCAUAUGGUGCUCCACUAUGCACUGAUUCUAGGUAUUGCUUAGUUGCCAGCAAGCAAAUGGUUGGAAUUUUCCUCAUGGUGUGGGUACGAAGUGAUAUAAGAGAGCAUGUGAAAAACUUGAAGGUUUCAUGUGUUGGUAGAGGACUGAUGGGCUACCUUGGAAACAAGGGAUCCAUAUCAAUCAGUAUGUCUCUGCAUCAGACAAGCUUCUGCUUUGUUUGCACUCACUUAACAUCAGGCCAAAAAGAUGGUGAUCAACUUAGACGAAAUGCAGAUGUAGUGGAAAUCUUGAGGAAGACCAGAUUCCCGCAUGUUCAUGGAGCAGGUGACAAGAAGUCACCAGAGACAAUUCUGGAUCAUGAUCGUAUUAUUUGGCUUGGGGACCUGAAUUACCGGAUAGCUCUUUCCUACCGCUCAGUUAAGGCUUUAGUUGAGAUGCACAACUGGAAACAGUUGUUGGAAAAGGACCAGCUUCGCAUAGAGCAACGAUUCGGUCGGGUCUUUGCAGGCUGGAAAGAAGGGAGGAUUUACUUUCCUCCCACGUACAAAUACUCAUACAACUCUGAUAGAUAUGCUGGCGAUGACAUGCAUCCAAAUGAGAAGCGAAGGACACCGGCAUGGUGUGACCGGAUUCUAUGGUACGGACGAGGUCUAAUUCAAUUAUGCUACGUGCGCGGCGAGUCUCGGUUCUCGGAUCACAGACCUGUGUACAGCAUUUUCACAGCAGAGGUUCAGAUUCCGAACCAAGCUCAGUUUGGCGGCAUCACUCGUUCUGCCUCCCUCCUGGGGCUGGACGAGCUACCAUACCCGACUUAUCCACGCAGUUACAUGGACAUAAAUUUUUACUGA